GAAAAUUUGGGAUAUUUUCCGUUUUGGAAUGGGGUGAACGUGGAAGGAGCCCCAAUAAACAGGUGAUGGAUGUGAUCCAUGGGAAUCUGGGAUAUUUUCCCCUUUAGGAACGGCGUGAACGUGGAAGGAGCCACGCACAAGCAGGUGGUGGAUCUGAUCCGCGCCGGGGAGAAGGAGCUGGUGCUCACGGUGCUCUCGGUGCCGCCACACGAGGCCGAGAGCCUGGAGCCUCCCGAGGAGCCGCUGGGGCCGCCCUUCUACGACUACAGCGAGAAACAGGCGGUGCCCAUCUCCAUCCCCACCUACAAACACGUGGAGCAGAGCGGAGAGAAGUUCGUGGUGUACAACGUGUACAUGGCCGGGCGGCAGCUGUGCUCCAAGCGCUACCGGGAAUUUGCCAUCCUGCACCAGAACCUGAAGCGGGAAUUCGCCAAUUUCACCUUCCCGCGCCUCCCCGGGAAGUGGCCGUUCUCGCUGUCCGAGCAGCAGCUGGACGCCCGCAGGAGGGGCCUGGAGGAGUACCUGGAGAAGGUGUGCUCCAUCCGGGUCAUCGGCGAGAGCGACAUCAUGCAGGAAUUCCUGUCGGAGUCGGACGAGAAUUACAACGGCGUCUCCGACGUGGAGCUGCGGGUGGCGCUCCCGGACGUCACCACGGUGACGGUCAGGGUGAAGAAGAACAGCACCACGGACCAGGUGUACCAGGCGGUGGCUGCCAAGGUGGGCAUGGACAGCGUCACCGCCAACUACUUCGCCCUCUUCGAGGUCAUCAACCACUCCUUCGUGCGGAAGCUGGCUCCCAACGAGUUUCCCCACAAGCUGUACGUGCAGAAUUACACGUCGGCGGUGCCGGGGACGUGCCUGACGCUGCGCAAGUGGCUCUUCACCACCGAGGAGGAGGCGCUGCUCAACGACAACGACCUGGCCGUCGCCUACUUCUUCCACCAGGCCGUUGAUGACGUCAAGAAAGGCUACAUCAAAGCCGAGGAGAAAUCCUACCAGCUCCAGAAGCUCUGCGAGCAGAGGAAGAUGGUCAUGUACCUGACGAUGCUGCGCUCCUGCGAGGGGUACAACGAGAUCACGUUCCCGCACUGCUCGUGCGACUCGCGGCGCCGCGGCCACGUCAUCUCGGCCAUCAGCAUCCGCCACUUCAAACUGCACGCCUGCACCGAGGAGGGGCAGCUCGAGAACCAGGUGAUCGCCUUCGAGUGGGAGGAGAUGCAGCGCUGGGACACGGACGAGGAGGGGAUGGCGUUCUGCUUCGAGUACGCGCGCGCCGAGCGCAAACCGCGCUGGGUCAAGAUCUUCACCCCCUACUUCAAUUACAUGCACGAGUGCUUCGAGCGAGUGUUCUGCGAGCUCAAGUGGAGGAAGGAGAACCUUUUCCAGCUGGUCCGGUCACAGCAAAGGGACGCGGCCACUUAACCCCGGCAGCUUUUCCAUGAAUCCCAAAAAAUUCCGCUCUUGUAUUAAAGCCCCUCCCCCCCCAAACUAAAUCUCAUUAAUUCCAAA